GCCGGGCUGCCCCUGCCCGCGCUGCUCGGGGACCAUGGGAUGCUGCACCGGGCGCUGCACCCUGAUUUUCCUCUGCACUUUGCAGCUGCUUGCUGCAUUAGAGAGGCAAGUGUUCGAUUUCCUGGGAUACCAGUGGGCCCCUAUCCUGGCCAACUUCCUCCACAUCAUCAUCGUUAUCCUUGGCCUGUUUGGCACUAUUCAAUAUAGACCUCGCUACAUAGUGGUGUAUGCCAUCUGGACUGCAAUUUGGGUCACCUGGAACAUCUUCAUCAUCUGCUUCUACUUAGAAGUAGGAGGGCUCUCAAAGGACAGUGAGCUCUUGACAUUCAACAUCUCCCGGCACCAGUCAUGGUGGAGUGAAAAUGGUCCUGGCUGUGUAAGGAAGGAGGCUUCAAUGUCUGGCAUCAAAGGGCUGGAGAGCCAUUCCUACAUCUCUGUGAUAGGCUGUGCCCUGGAGUAUCGGUACAUUGAGGUCAUGCACAGCUCCUUCCAGAUCCUGAUCGCGCUGGUGGGCUUUGUCUACGCCUGUUACGUUGUUAGUGUUUUUACAGAAGAAGAAGACAGCUGCCUGCGUAAAUAAAGAGGAGCCAGAGGAUGGAUAAACCUUGCACUCCACCAUCAAAGGUGCUGCAGGAAACAAUCCCCUGUGGCCUGGAUCUUUGGCAGAGGAAAUGCAGGAUGGUGAACUCCAUUCCAUUUUUUGUUCCUUGUCUUCUUUUCAAAUGCAAUGAAUGUACAUUGAAGAAUGGCCAUGCGGUUGGUUUUUAAUUCUCCAAGUGCCCUGACGAACCAUUCCUACCAUAGUCUGGUGGUACUAGCCAAUAAAUGGCACAGGCCUGAAGACCUCAGGCAGAACAAGUUCACUGAGAGCCUCUCUCAAGAGAUACAGUUGAAGUCGGAGCUGCUUCCUUGUGCCAUGGAUCCAUAAAGAAGGAAGCACUGCAUAACACCCUGGGACAUCUCAUAUGUUCUGUAGUUAGCUCCUUCCCCUUCUCCUUUCCCUUGUUCUGAAAAGAGCCUAAAUCCCCUAACAAAACUAUAUCUCCUCCCUGCCUGUAUAGAACUAGGUGGGGGCUAUUUACAUUUGAGUUAUUUAGGCUUUUUUUUUUUUUUUAAGUUAUAGAUGAGGACUCUCCCCUUCCUCCCCCACCAUCCAUCUAGAACUCCCUUCCUCAUUCUCUAUUCUUUAGACAUGGUCAGCGCCUUAGCAGUAGGCAUUUGUCCUGGAUUUCGGUGUUCUGUGACCUAACUCCUAUGAUGCUGAACAGCUGCAAACUAGUACAAGCACCAAAUCUUUACUCAGCAUGGAGCUUAGCCCCAUUUCAACAUGCCAAGCCAUUCUCAGAACAGCUGUAGCUUACUCUGGGUUUGCCCAUCUACAUUAAAUUAACACUGGCAUAGCCACAUGCACAGCUGAAACCUGCUGCAGGACACUGAAAAAUGCCUAGUUCUUCAUGGAUCACAGAUGGUUUUGUACCUGCCUUCUUCACCAAGCAGCCGCGCUUAUUCCAGGCACAAACCUGGCAACAGCCUGAUGGAAGGGGUUUUUUGUGACAGGAUAAUUUUGAGGGGAGGGAAUGGG